CACAGAGAACGAAGUCAGUCUCGCCCCUCCGCUGUCGGCAACAGCAUCAUUGUCCCCACCGGGUCCGGUGGCAGAGAGGAUGGUCCAGCGGAACCGCAGCCGGGGAUGCGAAUGACAGCCACAGGAUAAUGUCCCUGGAUGUAUGCAAGUUUCCGAAUGAAGUAGUGACCAAGUGAGACGACCGUGGAAGGAAACGCUGAACCAUGUUGCUCUAAGUCGUGACCUGUGGAGUACGGGGGGGGUGGAGAAAGAGGAGGAGGAGGAAGAGAGGAGUAGUGAGGCAUUGGCCACAGCUUCGUUUUAGGUGGCCGUUUGCGAGCCCGAAGCGAUGGGAAACACAGCCACCAAGUUCCGCAAGUCCCUUGUGAACGGUGACGAGGCCCUGGCCUGGCAGCUGUACGAGGGCAACCCUCAGUUCAGGGACGGUCUGGACCCAAACGCAUCGUAUGGAGAGCAGUACCAGCACAACACACCCAUGCACUAUGUGUGCCGCCACGCCAUGACACGUCUGCUCAGGUCCUUCCUGUUCAGCAAAGAAGGAAACCCCAACAAGCGCAAUGUGCACAAUGAGACUUGCCUGCAUGUGCUGUGCCAAGGCCCACAGAUCCUGCUGCUGCCAGAGGGAGCGCUGUCACCACGACUGGCCAGACCACAGAGGGACGAGCAGCGCCGUGCAGACUGCCUGCAGAUGAUCCUGAACUGGACUGGGGCCAGGCUAGAGGGAGGCCAGUACGAGAAAGCUAAUGUUAACGCCACCGACAACCACCACAGCACCUGUCUGCACUAUGCUGCCGCUGCAGGCAUGAAGAGCUGUGUGGAGCUGCUGAUCCAGAGUGAGGCGGACCUUUUUGUGGAGGACGAAGACAAGCUGACGCCAUGCGAUCACGCCGAGCGGCACCACCACACCGAGCUGGCCCUCAGCCUGGAGUCGCAGAUGGUUUUCUCCUCCUCUUCAGCUCAGCAGUCACACACAGACGCACACGGUGAAACCAACCUGCUGCAGUACAAGGAGCCUUACGAGGGGUUGAAGAUUCAGGAUCUGCGCAGGCUGAAGGACAUGUUGAUUGUAGAGACAGCCGACAUGCUGCAAGCCCCCCUCUUCACUGCAGAGGCCCUGCUUCGAGCACAUGACUGGGACAGAGAAAAGCUUCUGGAAGCCUGGAUGUCCGACGCUGAGGGCUGCUGCCAGCGCUCUGGUGUCACCAUGCCGACCCCACCGCCUAGCGGGUACAACGCCUGGGACACCCUGCCCUCCCCCCGCACUCCUAGGACCCCACGCUCUCCCCUCACUCUCACUCUCACUUCUACCACCGACAGCUGCCUCACGCCUGGAGAGGAGGGCCUGGCCAUGUGUGGAAUCUGUCUCUGCUCCAUCUCAGUCUUUGAGGACCCAGUGGACAUGUCCUGUGGCCACGAGUUCUGCAGAGCCUGCUGGGAAGGGUUCCUCAAUGUAAAGAUUCAGGAGGGAGAUGCUCAUAAUAUCUUCUGUCCAGCAUAUGAGUGCUACCAGCUUGUGCCUGUGCAUGUGAUAGAGAGCGUGGUUUCCAGAGAGAUGGACCAGCGCUAUCUGCAGUUUGACAUCAAGGCAUUUGUGGAGAACAAUCCAUCCAUCCGUUGGUGUCCUGCAGCUCGUUGCGAGCGGGCGGUGAGGCUGACCCGACCGGGCCCGGGGGACACUGACCCAUCAAGCUUCCCCCUUCUGCCCUCACCUGCUGUUGAUUGUGGAAAGGGUCACCUCUUCUGCUGGGAGUGCCUUGGCGAGGCCCACGAGCCAUGUGAUUGUCAGAUGUGGAGGAACUGGCUCCAGAAAGUCACAGAGAUGAAGCCUGAAGAGUUGGCAGGUGUGAGCGAGGCCUAUGAGGAUGCUGCUAACUGCCUGUGGCUGCUGACCAACUCCAAACCGUGUGCCAACUGCAAGUCUCCCAUUCAGAAGAAUGAGGGCUGCAACCACAUGCAGUGUGCCAAGUGUAAGUAUGACUUCUGUUGGAUCUGUCUGGAGGAGUGGAAGAAACACAGCUCAUCAACAGGUGGCUACUAUCGCUGUACUCGCUAUGAGGUCAUCCAGCAGCUUGAAGAGCAGUCCAAAGAGAUGACUGUAGAGGCAGAAAAGAAGCACAAAAGUUUCCAGGAGCUGGACCGUUUCAUGCACUACUACACUCGCUUCAAGAACCAUGAACACAGUUACAAGUUGGAACAAAAGCUGCUAAAAACGGCUAAAGAGAAGAUGGAGCAGCUGAGCAGGGCCUUCAUUAGCCGUGAAGGCACUCCCCCAGACACACGCUUCAUUGAGGACGGCGUGACUGAGCUGCUGAAGACGCGGCGCGUGCUGAAGUGCUCUUACCCAUACGGCUUCUUCCUCCAGCAGGGCAGCACCCAGAAAGAGAUAUUUGAGCUCAUGCAGACUGACUUAGAGAUGGUCGUAGAGGAUCUGGCCCAGAAGGUCAACCGUCCGUACCUGAGGACGCCGUGCCAUAAGAUCAUCAGUGCGGCCCGCCUGGUGCAGCAGAAGAGGCAGGAGUUCUUGGCAUCAGUGGCCCGUGGCGUCGCUCCCAAUGACUCUCCAGAGCCUCCUCGCAGGAAUUACCCUGGAGGAUCGUGGGAUUGGGAGUACCUUGGCUUUGCUUCUCCUGAGAUGGGAAGUCGGCACUCCGUACUGGGAGCAGAUCAGAGAGAGAGACAGUCGCAGGAUUAUGCUGACAUCCAGUACCGUCGCAGACACAGACCACGGCGCAGAGGAGACAUGCUGAGUUUGCACAGCCUUAGAAGCAGCAGUAACACACCAGAGACCAGCAGGAGGAGUGACAACACAGAAGGCACGGAGAGGGGCGAGGGUCGCAGGAGAGCGCUCGGCUCGCUCGACGAAGACGAUCCCAACAUCCUUCUGGCCAUCCAGCUGUCGCUGCAGGAGUCGCGCCGAGAACGAGGACUGGAGGGAGGGAUGGAGGGGAGGGUGGAUCAGGAGAGAAGAGCGGCUCCAGCGGGAGACCUGGUCGAUGCUGUUUUACACUCUCUCAACACAGAGGGUCCUCCAGGAGCCAGAGGCUCAUCCUUCCCCGCGUCCAUCCUGGAUCCUCCUCACCCGCCUAACAGGACAGACUCCACCUCCCAGCCUUGUGUAUCCAGCUCCCUCCCCCUCCCUCCGCCUCCUCCCUCCCUCAGCGCAGAGCUGCUGGAGCUGGGAGACAGCCUUAUGAAACUGGGGAGCAUAACCACUCCUUACGACCUGGACACAAACACGCAGGAGCAGCUCAGCUCACACCACACAUACAUACACAGUACACAUGCUGCUCCUUACACCACUGAACCUGCCUGCAGCAACCCCAGCAGCCACAGACAGGAUCAGAGUGCACUGACUGCCCCAUAUGUGCUCGAUCAUAUCACCAUCACAGACCCUCGUUAUGACAGCAAAGAGCAGACUUCCUGCCAUUUGAGUGCAUAUUUAGCCAAGGCUGAGCACGCCGCCUCCUGCCUCCCCGCUCCAAACCCCGCACAUCCUAGUUCCUAUAGCCGGGAACAUGCAGCCAUGUACAACAGCAACCCUAAACCAGACAGCUCCUACAACCCCUGCCCCGAACACAGCAGCUCUUACACCGCAGAGCGCCCUGCUGCCUACGCCGUCGAACGUCCCCCUAAAUCAGACCCCCAGCCCCCUACCCAGUUGUGCCUCCCAUCUCCAGAGCUUGAGCCAGAGCUGCUGCUCUCACCAGUGAUUCCCCCAGGGGGCCCUUUCACCCCCAGUGACCCUCAGAGCCUGGAGCCCUUGGACCCCACAGCCAGCGCUCAGCUGCUGGAUAACAUCAUGGCCUGGUUUAACAACAACAUAAACCCCCAGAAUAACCCGCAGAGCCUGGCUCUCAUCCCCUCCCCGCCCACCACAGAGACAGACUCCUCUCCCGACACACACACCGAGACUGAGAGCCAGACCUCCGCCCCCAUCCGGCAGCCCCUGGAGGGCAAGUCGGAAGUAGGCAGAGGGUCGGCGACCGGCCCACCGGGAGCCGAGGGCGUGAAGACGUCGAGGCCGAGCACUCUGGAGCUGGAAAAAAGAGACGCUGGAGAAGAGGGUGUGGAUGCAGGGUGUGUGGCUGACCUGUCGCUGGACGAAGCGCACACACACCCGCAUUCACACUCCCAACAUGGAAACAGUCCCGCACACACUGCCCCGGCAAUGGAGAGAGACUCAGACCUCGUCCUUCAGUUAGAGGAGGACCGGUCACCUGAAGAGUGGACGGAGCAGGAACACCUAGUGUGAAAGUGACAGAUGUAGAGAGAAAGAGAAGGUAGAGCCGAGAUAAAGAGAAAGAAAACCAAUCAGAGAGAAGCACUGAUGGAUGAUGCAAGAUGUGUGAUGGUGGUGCCUGUGUUUGGGGGGUGGAGUGUUUACUGUAUGUAUUAUACUGUAUUUAGAGAGGACUUAAAGACCUGCGGACUCUGUCCAGGAAAGAUGAUGUCAUACACGUUUUGAUUAUUUUUAAGUGCUUUUUGUCUGCUCUAAAAACAGACAAAUUAUUCUUUGAAGUGUUUAAACCAUGAACGGAGAGCUACUGAUAUCAUAACACAACAAAAUGCUCCGUGUUUUAGUUUAGUUUAGUUUUUUUCUUAUUUUAAUUGAAUUCCCCACCUCUUCUGUUUGUCUCCUAAGUUUGUUCAGGGUGAAGUUUUGGUGCUGUUCAUGCUGAAAUCCAAACUUGCCUCAUUUAACUACACUUGAUUCUCACACUAACCCAACCACAAGCCAGUUCAGAGCUCCAAGAGCCAAAUAUAUGAAGAUAACUGUAACUUUGGAGCCUGUUUAUAGCGUGCUGUACAAUCAGAGGGCCUAAUUCUGAUUUCUGGACCUUCAUGCACACUGUGCCUGUUUGUGUUAGUGCCAAUACAGUCCUGAUCUUUCUUUUCAGCAGACUGGCACAGUCUGCUGCGUAAACGUCACACUAUUACAGCACCUCUCUGCACGUGAAGGUCAGAGGCCAGCCCCAGCUGCAGAGCAGCGCCCAUAAAGCUGGAAGUUCAGUGGGUGCUUGUUUGCAGAGCAGAUUGAGUUCUGUUUUUUUUGUUUUUUUGUUUUGUUUUUGUUUUUUUUGUUCUGGGG